AAUACAGCAAUUUGACAGCUUUGUUUUCUUUGCAAUAUUUUUAUUUGUCACGAUGUGGAUUCAAGUAAGAAGCAUUGAUGGCAAGAAGACAGUGAGAGUUGAUAACUUGUCAAAGCUUACAAAAAUCGAAGCGUUACGCGAGAGACUUGUAGAUGAGUUUGAUGCACCUGCAGAAGCUCAGCGACUUUUUUUCCGGGGGAAGCAGUUGGUUGAUGGGCAUUCAUUGUUUGACUAUAAUGUUGGUCUCAAUGAUCUUAUUCAAAUUCUGACGAGAAAACUCCCGGUGCCAUCCAUAAGUGACUCGAAGGAAACAAACGGUUAUGCAAGUAGCGGAGAUGAAGGGAACUCAUCGGACAAGGAAAAUCAGAAGCCACCAUCACCUGAAUUGCCGUCGACACCCAUCACUUUGGAGGAUGAUAUCGAGGACAGUACAUAUAAAAUGGGUGAUAUUAUCGAUGCUCAAGAUAUCUCAGUUGGAGCUUGGUUUGAGGCAAAGAUCGUCAAAAUUACCAAAGCAUUAGAAGAAAAAACUUCUCAGGAUGAAGCAGAAAAGAAAAAUACGAAAGGGGACGGCAAUAAUAAUGAGAGCCUACCAGAAUAUAGUCAUAGUAACCAAAAACAAUUAAAUGACUCCACGUUGAUGAAGCAGAAUGGCGACAAUAGCGGAGCUGAGAAUAUGGAGUGUGAUACAAACGUAGAAAGUAAGGGGAAAGACUCCACUGAUAGUGCUACUGCUGGCGAGAAGGCCAGUUCGGAUGAUGCUAAUGGUGAUAGCCAUGACUGUUCUAAUUCAAAAUCAAACAGUGAAGGAACUUCAGAAUCGUCUGAAGAUAGUUCAGUAUCAAAAGGAACUCUUGUAUGUGUGUUGCCGGAAAAUGAUCCAUAUUUGUAUCACGUCACAUAUGAAGGCUAUGAAGAUGUAGAAAAACUGAGAUCCAGACAUGUACGUCCUCGAGCCCGUGUUGCUUUAAAAAUGGCUGACAUCACUGUAGGUUUGAAGGUGAUGGCCAACUACAAUUACGAUGAUCCUGAUGAACGUGGCUUCUGGUAUGACUGUAUUGUCACGAGGAAAGCUGACACCCGCACACAGAAACAGCUGUGGGCGACAGUGUUCAUUGGGAAGGAGCUCACUCCACUACAUGACUGCAAGUUAUUGUUUGUAAAUGAAAUAUUCGCUAUUGAGACACCCGGGACACAGCUCAAUGAGUUCCUAGAUGCCAAUAAUCCUUCCAUGUCACCCACAAAACGCAAAAACAAGCCAGACUGUGACCAUUGCGAAGACAACCCGAAACGGAAGUGUAAACACUGUGCGUGUUGUGUGUGUGGUGGAAAGCACGACCCUGACAAACAGAUUCUGUGUGAUGAGUGUAACCAGGCCUACCACCUGACCUGUCUUAGACCUGCGCUCACCACCGUCCCAGAAGAAGAUGAAUGGUACUGCCCAGAUUGUAAGGUGGAUGAUACAAAGAUCGUAAGAGCAGGAGAAAAGCUAAAGACAAGCAAGAAAAAGUCCAAGAUGGCGUCUGCCACGUCUGUGAGCAGUAGAGACUGGGGAAAGGGAAUGGCGUGUGUUGGGCGAACGAAAGAAUGCACGAUUGUGCCACCAAAUCACUUUGGACCUGUUCCUGGUGGAGAAGUCGGAAUGAUGUGGAAAUUUCGUGUCCAGGUGAGUGAGGCUGGAGUACAUCGGCCGCAUGUUGCUGGAAUCCAUGGUCGAGAAGAUGAUGGUGCUUUCUCUAUUGUCCUGUCUGGAGGUUAUGAGGAUGAUGAGGACUGGGGAGAAGAGUUCACGUACACUGGAAGUGGUGGUAGAGAUCUGUCCGGCAACAAGCGGACAGCUGAACAGUCGUGUGAUCAGAAGCUUACCAGAAUGAACAGAGCUUUGGCAAAGAACUGUAAUGCCACUAUAAACAACAAAGAUGGUGCUGAUGCAGGUGACAAGUGGAAGGGAGGUAAACCUGUUCGUGUUGUGCGCAACUGCAAAGGACGGAAACACUCCAAAUACGCCCCUGAGGAGGGAAACCGGUAUGACGGAAUUUACAAGAUUGUCAAGUACUGGCCUGAGAAGGGAAAGUCUGGAUUCAUAGUUUGGCGAUACUUGCUGCGUCGAGAUGACCCAACCCCGGCUCCAUGGACAUCUGCUGGGAAAAAAAGAAUGCGAUCAAUGGGCUUUGAGAUGGUGUAUCCUGAAGGUUAUUUAGAAGCACAGAAAGAGAAAGAGAGAUUGAAAGAUGCAGAAGCUGAUGAAGAAACUCCAAAAGGAAAGGGUAGAGGAAAAAAGAGGAAAGCAGAAGCAUCUCCUGAAAGCACUCCAAAGAAAGCCAAGGGUGUGAAUUACAAGAUAGCUGAUGAACAGCUGAAACUGGUCAAGAAAGAUAAAUUGAAUGAGAAGUUGUGGAAGGAGGCUUUGAAUGUGGAAAAGGAGGGCUAUCAGAAAUUUCUUGCAAAAGUUGAAGAAGUUUUCAUGUGUGUUUGCUGCCAAGACCUCUCAUACAAACCAGUCACAUUAGAAUGUACUCACAAUGUAUGCAAGACUUGUUUGAGUCGGUCUUUCAAAGCAGAAGUGUACUCCUGCCCUGCUUGCCGUUUUGACUUGACGAAAGAGUUCAAAAUGCCGGUCAAUCAGUGUCUUACUGAUGUGUUGAACACAUUAUUCCCAGGAUACGAAGCAGCUCGUUAAAAUUCUGUACACAGUUCCACUAGAAAUCAUAAUUUUUUAUGAGAGCAUGUCAUAAAUGCAAAACAGUUUUAUCAAUGUAUCACUGCAAUAAAUGUAUUUCGAUUGAUAAAACUAAUCAAAAACAACUAGCAUCAUAUUAGUUACAAGUGCUCUAUUUUAAUUACAUACUAUUGUCUUUUGUGCAGUGCUCUACUAAAAGUCGGGAGGAAUUUAUGACUAACCAGCCAAAUAGGGCAUGUAGUAGUUUUGUCUAAUGAAAUAAUGUUGAUAGAUGUGAGAUGAAACUAAUGAUGGCGUGGUGAAAACUUGGCAUUAUUUCUUUGAUGUUUAAAGUUGUAUUUGCCAAAUACAUUUUAGUGUACAUUUAUCCCAUUGUAAUAAUGUUGCAUCUUAAUUUGACGAUUUAUAGUGCAUUAAAUGCCUUUUGCAAUUGUUACAACAUAAACGUCAGGUGUUUUUGAUGCCAAAUUUAUGUAUACCUUCAUUUUUAUGGCAAGGCAAGCCCACAAGAAAACCAGUCAAGUUUUUAAAAAUACUUUUCUCAAACACAUUAUUCUCAGAAGAUAGAAAUGUUAGUUUUGUACAGACUGAAUGUUUUUGAGACCAGAACAUCCUUUAAAUAUAUUAUAUCGUAGUUUCACAUCCAAAAUAAUAGCAUGUUUGAUGUUAAAGUUGGGCUUCACAUUUAAGAACAAACUGUCAUAUACUAAUCACCAUGGAAAUAAUUCUAGAUUGUGGAAACAUCUGGAAUAUAAAAAAGAAAUGUAACCAGUUUUCUUCCAAUCUCAGCUAUAUGUACAUAUCUUUUUAAUUGUUGACUAUGUAACCAUUUUGUUUUGACUAAAAGUGCAAAUUACUGGUUAUGUACCUAUAUUUGUUUUGCACACAUUGUUUUACUGUUUUUAUUAUGUACAUGUAUUGGAACAAAAGUAAACAAAUGUUUUCUUUAAUUUUUACUACGCACAAAAAACUCCAUUAUCAAAAACAGUAUGUUUGUAUGGUAUCGGAUUAUUCUGUGAUGAAUCUUCAAGUAUUUGUUAAAUAUGUUUAUUUAACAAAAUUUAAAAUGAGGAUGAAAUGAAUGAAACUGAACUUUGUCUUUGUUCAGCUACAAUCUUUUCUUGCGAUUAGUCAACCCCUGCAAUUGCCCACGGCAAUCGGCAAUUCUGUGGAGAUUGCCGUGGCGUUUUUAAAUCUUAAUUUUAAUUUUUUCACCUUGGACCAUAUUCUUUUUUUUUUCAACAAAGUUUCUUUUUUUUUCCGUGGACAUUUUCUUAAUUGCAGGGGUUGUUAGUUAUAGAAAAAUACCUAAAUUGUCAAUGUUUUUGUGUGUGUCCAGGUCGACAAGUUUAAAAACCAAAUAACAGACCAAAACCCCCCAGAUAAUCUGGGAUUCUGGACUUUAGUGCUUCCCAUAACUGUUUUUCGCCUUAUUCUUUAAUGAACAGCUCACAUUAAUACAGGAAUAACAAUUUUAGUGAUUUGUUUAUGAAAAACCUUUUAGAACUGUAUGGAGGAUGGGGGGGGAUAUGUGCUUAUACAUUUUGUGUCAUUCGUACCCAAUCUCAUGCCACAAAAUUUAUACGCACACAUUAUUUUCAUUGCAGAUACCAACAGCUGUUUGCAAAAAAUGUAUAUGUCAUAAUGACCAUGGUGCUUAUUCAUGAAAACACAAACAUGUCACAAUAAUAAUCUGCUUUACAGUAUGUUCCAACUUUGUAUGAAACGAGAUAACCUCAAUAACUGAAUGAGUUAACACUGUGACUAAGUAUUUCUAAAUAUCAGCGCUUCCAUGAUGGGAUUUAAAAGAAAGCAUUUAUUGUUCUAAUGCUAUGUUAUUAAUUAUAUAUAUUUUUAUACUGAUACUGUUUGACCUCAGAUGGACCUAGUUCAUAGUUAUUACCUCGUAUGUUUUGUUUUAUCUACAGGAUAUACUAUGUCUACAUUUCAUAUACUGCAAUGCAGUAAGAACUUAUCUUUUUUCAUUUAUUUUUAUUUAGUGUAUUUUUUCAUACCUUUUGUUUCAGAUAUAUUAUCAGAAUUAAAAUGUAUAUACACUGUAGGUGAUGUAUUUUUAAUGGAAUAAUUGUCCUUUUAAUGCAAUGUAAGCUAAUCUGUUCUUUGAUUGCAUUUAUAACCAGUAAUCUGUUUGCUUAAAAUUUAGUGUGCGUCUAAUACAUAUAGUCAUUUUACCUCAUACGAAAAUCAUAAAAAACCAUUGAAAUGCUAUUUAAUGUAUUUUCAAUUUAAAAUUUGUAAAUACAAUUAUAAACAAUAACACAUGUUAAACAUGACAUUCCUAUAUACAAAAUGCAGUUUGAAAGUUGUCUUAAACAAUAUAUGUACAAAACUUGGAAGUGAUAAAUUGUCUUCUUUUCAUGUUUACCAUGUUUACCAUGUUAUUUGUUUUACUGUUUGACAUGUUAUGUACAUAAAAUACACAUUUCAACCAUGCAACUUAUUUUUUUUUAGCAGCUAUGGUGGUAAUUACACAUGAUUAUUAUUUUAAUAUAGUUUUCCAGAUUUAUCUGGAAACCCAGAUUUUUAAUCAUGUAAAAUCUUUCCACCUUUUCUGCGGUUUGUCAAAAAAUUUCUGUAUCAGCCAUACAAAACAUACCAUAUGGUUUUGGACGAUACUUUGCAUACAUUUUGAAUAGGGUCUGCAAUUUUAGACCCAAUGUGAGACCGUAACCCUAGGGCCAGUAUUGGUACCAUACCGCCAAUAUUAACAUGUCUCAAUUAUUUUUUCAUAACCCACUUUCAUGUCUGAUAAUGUAAAAAACCCUCCAUUUUAUUCAUUGUGAAGGACAAUGAGUUCUGAACUGUUUUACUUCAUGAUGUGACAAAUGACCGUCCUGCAUGGCUAUAUAGUCUUACCCGAUACCUUCUGGGUACACUGGAGCAGAAAGGUCAACAGUUAUUAAAAUAAAACAAAAGGAAAAAUGUUUGUUAAUGUGAGAAUAUUUAGCAUAUUUUAUAGGCUGAAAAUGUUUUAAUUUGUUUAAUAAAAUCUUUAUCUUUA